CCUCCCGAUGCAGCUGCAAUUGGACCUAGCCGAGAACUUAAUUUCUUGGAGGAGAGGAAAGGGUUUCGAUUUGCUAGCGAACCAGAAGAUCGAGAAGAUCGCUCGUAGAUCAUCGCUCUGAAGUUAUAAUGGAGUGCGGUGCAGUUUCAUCACGGAUGAGCGAGGGUUCAGUCGGCACCGAGACAGGUUCAGAGAGGACACUGUCUCCAUAUGUGACUGGUACAUCAGUAUUAGGCCUCAAAUAUAAAGAUGGUGUUAUACUGGCUGCUGAUAUGGGAGGUUCUUAUGGUUCAACUCUACGAUAUAAGAGUGUGGAGCGGAUAAAGCCUAUUGGUAAACAUACUCUUCUUGGUGCCAGUGGAGAAGUCAGCGACUUCCAAGAGAUUUUGCGCUAUCUUGAUGAACUAAUUAUUUAUGAUCAUAUGUGGGAUGAUGGAAAUUCUCUGGGUCCUAAAGAGGUCCAUAACUAUUUGACUCGGGUUAUGUACAAUAGACGUAACAAAUUCAACCCUUUAUGGAACUCACUUGUUGUAGGUGGAGUAAAAAAUGGGCAGAAGUAUCUUGGCAUGGUUGGUAUGAUUGGGACUCACUACGAGGAUAACCACGUUGCCACCGGCUUUGGAAAUCAUCUUGCAAGGCCAAUUAUGCGUGCUGAAUGGCAUGAGAAUUUGAGUUUUGAAGAAGCCGUGAAGCUUCUGGAGAAAUGCUUGCUUGUCCUUUUAUACCGUGAUAGAUCAUCCAUCAAUAAAUUUCAGAUCGCCAAGAUAACUGAAGAAGGUGUCACCAUUUCUGAACCCUACGCUUUGAAGACAUUCUGGGGCUUCUCAGCCUUCCAGAAUCCCACCAAGGGGGCUGAAGGAUCCUGGUAAGGUUACAUUUUAGACCUCCAGGUUGAGAUGAACCUUAGACUGCAAUUCAUGAUGCUCUAAAUUCCUCUAGUUUUAUUAUACUCCUCUAAAUUGUCAUGUUUAACGGUUCUUUUGCAUUCAAAAUUCAGCAGAUUAUUUGCACAUUUCAACUUUUUAAUGAGUUAUCUUUUACAACUA